AUGUCUGUCUUCAAUAACUCUGCCCUAUAUCCUCGCUUCCUCCUGACAGGCCUCUCAGGCCUUGAAAGCAGAUACAGCUUGAUUUCCAUCCCCAUCUUCUUGGUGUAUGCCACCUCAAUUGCAGGAAACAUCACCAUCCUAUUUAUCAUCAGAACUGAGCCUUCCCUUUAUCAACCAAUGUACUACUUUCUAUCAAUGCUGGCACUUACUGACCUGGGUCUAUCUACUACAACUUUACCGACCAUGUUCAGCGUCUUCUGGUUCCAUGCCCGGGAGAUCUCCUUUAAUGCUUGUUUGGUCCAGAUGUACUUCAUUCAUGUUUUCUCAAUUAUUGAGUCAGCUGUGCUCUUGGCCAUGGCCUUUGACCGCUUUGUAGCAAUCCGAGAGCCCCUGCGCUAUGUGGCCAUUCUAACCAAUGGUGUAAUAGCUGGAAUCGGGCUGGCAAUUGCUGGAAGGGCCUUAGCUCUGGUCUUUCCUGCUUCCUUCCUCCUAAAGAGGCUUCAAUAUCAUUCUGUCAAUAUUCUCUCUUAUCCAUUCUGCCUGCACCAGGACCUUAUAAAGACAACUGUAUCCAGC